GCAAACGUGAAAUUUUGUAGCAAUUCGAGUGACCAAACUUGCAAUUAAGCCUAAUCCGUAUUGAGAAAAAAAAACUCAUAUAAUGAGUAAUGACAAUCAAAAUGAAAAAAAAAGUAUUCAUAUUGGGCUAGGUGGAACAUCACAUUAUUUUUUAUUUCAUAGUAAAUACGAGUGACACGCAUUUUCUGAUUGUAAAUAGGUACUUACCAUUGCCAAAUACAGUAUCUUGAAACCAAUGUUUUUAAACCUCGAAUUUUCCAACCAACUUAAAUACAAAUUUCGGUCGAUUUAAUUUUGUCAUAUAUAUCUCAAAACAGGAACAGUAAGUAGUGAUGGUAAUUUCGACCUGACCCGUUUUAUUCAACUUGUUUGGCCUAUUUUGGGCGGGUCCGACCCGCCCCGUAGGCGGGGCGGGGAGGGCAUGGGUACCUCUCAUCUACCUGACCUGCCCGACCCGCCCCAUUCUUUACCCGUUCUUGCCUAAAUUACAUGUAAUCUUAGUCAAAUUAUUUAGGAUUUUCCUCUUAUUACCUCAUAUUUUAGAUAUAAUAAACUUGUAAAUAAGUGUAAACCUUAAUUUCUUCAAUAAUUUAACUACAUAUCAUCGUAUUAUGGUUUCUUUCUUGAUCUUAUAAUGAAAAUAACAAAUAUUUCUAAUAGUUUUCACAUAAAUUAGAUACCCAUUGGGUCGACCUGCCCCGACCCGCGUCCCGUGAUAAAUUACCCGACCUGGAACCGAUCUGUCACGGGGCGAGUAUGGGUAUCGAGAUAUCCGCCCCAGACCUGCCCAUUACCAUUCCUGUCAGUAAGAUACAAAAUAUAUGCAACUUUUAUUUUAUAUUCUUAAAUAAAAAAUUAGAUGGAGAAACAACCUUGAACGUCCAUAAGACCAUAACCACCUCUAAGAAAAUUUAUUUUGCCAUAUUAUGUGCAAUCUUUUUCUUCUUUCUUUCGAAAACCGUCUGCUGAAGAUUGUUUUGGUCACCUUCGACGUUGCUGUCGUGAAUAUACUAGGGGAUUAAACUGAUUAUUAGACAUUUCAUUUUAGACUUCGUUGCUAAGAUUCGGAAUAAGUAGUGGUGGGACUAAAAGAGCAGGUUGUUGUGUGGGUCAAUGCAAGAAAUACGACACCUUUUCAGCAAACUACACCCUUUUUGCUUUCCAUGGCUGCUUUGGAUUCCACUCGCGGCUGCAUCUUUUUGAAGAACUAAACAAGAUUGCUUUCUAGUUUCACCACUAACAUUAUUUUCGUUUGAUUACUCUUGCCUUGCCUUGCUGAGUUGCGUCUUCUCUUUUUCGUCUUUCUCUUCUUCCCUUUCCGUGCCCUUCUUGCUUCUUCUUCUUCGUUCUCCAGCCACCUUCAUAUCUACUCAGCAAAGUUGAACAAAAGGAGAAAACGGAUGAGCAUGUGAAUUUGUUUAUUAUUAAUUGAGCAGGAGAGCAGUACACAGAGAGAGAAAGAGACCAACAUUACAUUAGCCUCUAAAAAUCACAUUCUCUUCUUUCCCUGCUUCCUUUCACCAGUUUCCAUGUCAGUUCUCCUUGUUUUCCUGUCUCUUCUCCUCCCUUAUUAUCCUUUCCAUUACCAUUUACCACUCUAUCUCUGAUUUCUCCCUCUCUUGAGACCAUGACGUUUCAUUUGUUUAACUCACUACUCACUCUCUUCCAUGCUCCUGGUUUUGCAGCAGCGGCGAUUCUGGGUCUCUGGUGCUCUGUCCUCUUUUGAAGUUGAACAGCUGGGAAAUGGAGUAGAUGGGAGGGUAUAGAAUGUUGGGAUCAAGCUGGAAGUGAGAAAGUUUGGAUCUUUUUAACAGUUGGCUACACCAUUUUCUCUAACUUGAGAGGGUGAGAAGUUUUCACCUUGGAUCUCUCUGGUUUUUUUCUCUUGGAGCUACUCAAAUCCAUGCAGCUCUAAUGCACACUGCUUCUCUUCUUUAGAACUGCAAAACCCACUUGGAAAUUUUAUUUUGUGUUGUUAAUCUGUAAAUUAGAGGUUGUUUUGGAGCCCAUUGGUCUCUUCUUCAAGAGGGAUUCUUCUCCCUUUCUUUCCCCCUUCAAGUCCCACACUUGUUUGCUAAAAUGGCAUGCUAAAACUGUGAAUAGCUCAGUUAGCCGGUUAGGUUUUAUUUUCUUUUUGCACUGAGGUACUUUCUAUCUAAGAUUCAUAACUAAGGGGAAAAGGGAGGUUUUCUCCAAGUAUUCCUUUCCAUCCUUGGGUUGUAUUUUGAAGGUUCAAUAAUAUUCAGGAAUCUCUUCAAAUACCCAAAAAAGAUGGGUUGUGUGGCAUCAAGGAUUGAUGAGGAAGAAAGAGUUAGGAUUUGUAAAGAGAGAAGGAAGCUGAUGAGACAGUUGGUGGGAUUCAGAAGUGAAUUUGCUGAUUCUCUACUGGCUUACUUGAGAGCACUCAGGAACACGGGUGUGACCCUUAGGCAGUUCACUGAAUCUGAGUCAUUGGAUACUGAGAGCACCUCCUAUGGCAUUGGCUUGGCACUGCCUCCAUCGCCACCACUCCAGUUGCCUCCUUCCCCACCACCACUCCCUUUCAGUCCUGAUUCAAGGAAGUCCAGCAGUGAUAAUAACCCAAAAGAAGAACAAGAACAAGAAGUUACUACUGACCACUUAGCUUCUCACGAAGAGAGCAUGGCAAUUGAUGAUGAGGGCGAUAGAGGAGGAACUCCUCCACCUCCUCCUGAGAGCUCAUCAUCGUGGAACUAUUGGGAUCCCUUCCUUGAACCUCAUUCUUUGCCGCUUCACGAGGAGAGUGGCGAGAUAGUGGAAUCAGCAAUGGAGGAGGAGACUUGGGCUGAGACCAAGACCGAGUUUGAUGAGGAAGAACAUGGAGGAGAGGAAGUGAGUGGGGCGGCAGGUCCCAGUAAUACGGUUCCAAGUCAGCAGCAGCCGAGACAGCAGCAGCAUUGUCGUCGUCUUCCUGUGGAAUUGGUUGAUGAUAACUCAUCCAUGACGAGCUGGCAGACGAAGGACACUUCCGAUAUGAGUAUGGUUCAGUGGAGGCGCAGGAAGACACUGGAGGCUAUUGUGAGAGAUUUAGAUGACUAUUUCCUCAAAGCAUCAGCUGGCGGGAAGGAAAUAGCUAUUCUUAUGGAUAUCUCCAGAGGGGACACUUCUAUCUCACAUAGUUCCAGAGAAAACAAAUGGAAGAGGAGCAAUUCUGCUAAGGUGUUCAGUGCAUUGUCAUGGAGCUGGUCUUCUAGGUCAUUACAGCCACCUAGGGACUUUACUGAGGUCUUUAGUAGUAGUGAACCUUGCAAACCUGGAGCUCACUGCAUUACCCUUGAGAAGCUUUAUGCUGCAGAGCAGAAACUUUACAAGGAAGUUAAGGAAGAAGAGAUAACCAAAUUGGAGUUUAAGAAGAAGUCCAUUUUUCUAGCAAAACUAGAACAAGAGAAUCAUGAUUGGAACAAGACGGAAAAGAUUAGAUCAAGUGUUGAAGAGUUGGAGUCGGACUUAAGAAGACUGCAACAUUCUAUAAGUGGAGGUUGUUCUUGCAUAUUGGAACUCAUUGAUGUGGAGCUGUACCCUCAACUCAUUGCACUAGUUGCUGGGCUGAAGAGCAUGUGGAGGACAAUGUAUGCAUGUCAUCAAGUUCAGAAUCACAUCUCCCAACAAAUGAAUCACCUGAACGAUAAUCAAGGGGUGGAAUCAGCAACCGAGUUCCAUCGCCAAGCAACAGCUCAGCUCGAGGCCGAGAUUAUCUCAUGGUACCACAGCUUCUGCAGACUUGUGCGAUCCCAAGAGGAAUACGUGACGACCCUAUGCAGGUGGAUCCAACUCACUAGCUGCCUUGUGAAUGACCAACAACCACCAAGUGCUCAAUCACCUGCUGUUCACAAGCUUUGUGAAGAAUGGAAACUCGGUUUUGACAAAAUGCCUGACAAGGUGGCAUCAGAGGCCAUAAAGGGCUUUUUAUCAGCCAUCCAAGCGAUAAUGCAGCAGCAGGCAGAGGAACUGAGCCUGCAAAGAAAAUCGGAGAAGUUGGAGAGAAGGCUGCAGAAAGAACUGAUGUCACUUGCUGAAAUGCAGAAGAGAUUUGACUGGAGUAUUCCUGAUGGAGAUGAUGCAACUCCCAAUCUGAGCCCUAAGCACCCUUUGUCUGUUAAACUUGUCAAAACUGAAGACUCAAAGAAGAGAGCUGAGAUUGAGAAGGCCAAAUAUUUGAACUCAGUCCAGGUCACCCGAGCCAUGACUCUGAACAACCUGAAAACUAGCCUCCCACUUGUAUUCCAGGCGUUAACAAAGUUCUCAGGGGCUUCUGUCCAGGCACUUCGAGCUGUUCGAACCCACCAGGAUAAACCAGAAGUUCAAUGUGAUCCACCUGAAAACUCCAUGAACCAAGGGUGAUAUAGUGAGCCAGAGUUCAUGAAUGUUCUUUGCAGAAGCCUUCAAGCCAUAUAUUGAGUGUAGAAAUCCAUUGGAAACUCUUCCAUUAUGUAAAAACUAGUAUAAUCAAUGAAGACCAGAUAGUUUGGUGACAGCCCACUGCUCAAAACUUCCAUUACAUUACACAUCUGUUCAUAGGGUACGCGUCUACGUUCAUUCAAUCAACUAUGAAGUUGUAACAAUCUAGUCUAGUAAGUGUCAAAGAAACCAUUUUUCUUGCUGCAUUCUAGUUUUCGUUAGUGUCCCAGUCCAGGGGCCCAUUCUCUAAUUCGUAUGCUGAAACUGGAUUCCUGUUCUAGCCAGCCUGCUCAUCGUUCCCCCAGAGAAUGUCAUUGCAUCUCUGGAAACCAAACUUUGAAGAUCAUUUGUUGAAGAAGUGAGACUAACGGCUAAUGCAAACUAAGCAGCAACUGUCUAUCUCAAGGAAGAAAUCUAUUUCCUUUGU